AGAAAAAUAGAGCAACAGGAAGCCUCGCAGUUUCCGCCCCAGCGGAGUGAAAAACGUAAUACCGGCGAGAUAAAGACUCACCCGAGAUUUACCGGGAUGUUUUCUUUAGGGGAGAAAAUAGAGUUUCUUCUUGGGAAUGCCUUCUCCACGCCUGUCGGCCAGAGAAUCGAGAGAGCAACCAGCAGCUACCUGCAGUCAGAGGACUGGGGUCUGAAUAUGGAGAUAUGUGACAUUAUCAACGAGACAGAUGAGGGGCCAAUGGAUGCUGUUAAAGCUAUUAAGAGGAGAAUAGUUGGCAGCAAGAACUUCAGAGAGAUAAUGCUGGCUCUCACUGUUCUGGAAGCCUGUGUGAAGAACUGUGGUCACCGCUUUCAUGUGCUAGUGACAUCACGGGAGUUUGUUGAAGGGGUUUUAGUCCGUUCCAUAUUGCCUAAAUACAACCCCCCCACAGCCCUCCACGACAGAGUGCUCAGUCUCAUACAGUCAUGGGCAGAUGCGUUUCGCAGCGUUCCGUCUCUAGUAGGAGUGGUGUAUGUAUACGAUGACCUGAGGAAACGAGGGCUGGAGUUCCCCAUGACAGACCUGGAUGCUCUCUCACCCAUACACACUCCCAGCAGGAGUGUUCCAGAAAACGAGAUUCAGGAGACAAGCCCUGGCGUUGGCCAAUCACAACCACCAUCACGUGAGCCCGCUCCCAUUUCCUCACCACCAGUCCAGAGCAACGAUGGACCGGUCUCACUAUCAGUAGAACAGGAGCAGAAGUUGCGGAGUGAGCUGGCACUCGUGAAGGGAAACCUCACAGUCAUGUCAGAGAUGCUAAAUGAGCUGAAACCGGGGAAGAGUGGGGCGGACGACACUGAACUUCUCCAGCAGUUGUACUCAGUGUGUAAGAACAUGCAGACACGGGUGGUGGAGCUGAUCCCGCAGCUGGUGGACGAAAGCUUCAUAGAGGAGCUACUGGUGAUCAACGACGACCUGAACAAUGCUUUUAUCCGAUACGAGAGGUUUGACAGGCAGAACAAGGCCCAUCUCACAAACACUCCAGAGCCGAAUCCCAUGGACAGAUUGAACCUUAUUGAACUGAACCCUGAACCACCAACGCUCAAUCAGCCGGCUGUCAUCCCCACCUGCAGCCAACCGGCUGUGAGCCUGUGGAGCAGUCCUACACAGCCUGCUAACCACAAAGCUGAAGAGGAGUUUGAUAUGUUUGCCCAAACCAGAGGAAGCUCGCUGGCUGAGCAGAGGAGGAGUGUGAAAUAUGAAGACCCUGGUGCUGUUGAGGGUCUCGCUGGAGCACUUGAUUCAAAGCUGCAUGUCAUCGGAAGUACAUCACAAGAGAAGAACUCUGUGCAAAACGACCUUGACAGAUGGCUCUCCUCUGACCAGCAAGACCAGUCUGCUGUUUCGGAGGGAAUGUCAAGCCAAGAGUUUGAAAGGUUUUUGAAAGAUGAGGCGAAGACAGACCAGGUGCCCCGUAGCAACUGUCCUCCUACGUCCAGAACGUCAUCGCAGUCCAACCGGCAGCAGGAUCAAACAAAUGACCAGCUUUUUUCACUCUGAGCUGAGAAUCCCCCACAAAAUCAAUGUAGUUGAAUUAGGCCCCUCCCACACACGCAACUAGUGAAUGUUGGUAUUGCUGCAUGUUAUGUCACUGUUUUUAUGAAUUACAAAACAAGAUUGAUAAAGAGUUUGAGUAAUGUAAUGUCAUCUGUCCGUCAUCUGUCAUCUGCCUAUCCCAUGUCCGGUCACGGGGCAGCACUCAAAGGAAAGAGGCCCAGAUCCCCUUGGGUGAGGUGUUUCCGGGUCAAAUCAGAGACUUUGACCCUCCUGUGUGUCCCGAGUUAGCCCCAGGGCCGUCUCCAAUGGAAUGUUGAUCGAGAAAAUUUCCUUUACCACGGUCCUCAUGACUGAUAGUCAACCUCACGCUGCAUCCUUCCAUCACUCCUGAACAACACCCGAAGAUGCUUGAACUCCCACCACCCCUUCACCCACUGAGAACCAUGCUUGUUUUUUUACACAAAUAAAAUACGCUGUUUUCUCCAAUGUUUGCUUUUUUUCUAUC